AUGCAGGACUCGGACGCGCCCAUGCGCGCCACCAUCGAGUACGACAACGGCAAGACGCUCAUGGCGCAGGGACCGCAGGCGCUGCACGACCACGUCGCCUCCCGCAUGGAGAAGGCGCUCGGCAAGAGCCUCCCGCAGAUGGAGGUGCGCUUCAAGGACGUCUCCAUCUCCGCCGACAUCAUCGUCAAGGACGAGACCGACGUCAAGGUCGAGCUCCCCACGCUGAUCAACGUCAUGAAGACAGGUUUCCGCGAGAUGCGCUCCAGCAAACACGUCGUCAAGAAGCAGGUGCUCAAGAACGUCAGCGGCGUCUUUAAGCCCGGCACUAUCACGCUCGUGCUGGGCCAGCCGGGAUCGGGCAAGUCCUCGUUCAUGAAGCUGCUCAGCGGCCGCUUCCCCAACGACAAGAACGUCACGAUGGAGGGCCAGGUGACCUACAACGGCACGCCCGCCACCGACAUGCAGAAGCACUUGCCCCAGUUCGUGUCGUACGUGACGCAGCGCGACGGGCACUACUCGCUGCUCACCGUCAAGGAGACGCUCGAGUUCGCGCACGCCUGCACCGGAGGCGGCCUGUCGAAGCGGGACGAGCAGCACUUCACCAACGGCACGCCCGAGGAGAACAAGGCCGCGCUCGACGCCGCCAGGGCCAUGUUCAAGCACUACCCGGACAUCGUCAUCCAGCAGCUCGGACUCGACAACUGCCAGAACACCAUCGUGGGCGACGCCAUGACGCGCGGCGUGUCCGGCGGAGAGCGCAAGCGCGUGACCACGGGCGAGAUGGAGUUCGGCAACAAGUUCGUCAUGAUGAUGGACGAGAUCAGCACGGGCCUCGACAGCGCCGCCACCUUCGACAUCAUUACCACGCAGCGCAGCAUCGCCAAGAAGUUCCGCAAGACGGUGGUCAUCUCGCUGCUGCAGCCGUCGCCCGAGGUCUUCGAGCUCUUCGACGACGUCGUCAUCCUGAACGAGGGCCACGUCAUGUACCAUGGUCCUCGCGCCGAGGCGCUGGGCUACUUCGAGAGUCUCGGCUUCAAGUGUCCUCCGCGUCGCGACGUGGCCGACUUCCUGCUGGAUCUCGGCACGGACAAGCAGGCGCAGUACGAAGUUAAAGCCCAAGGACGCACCAUCCCGUGCACUUCAAGCGACUUUGCCAACGCGUUCGAGCGCUCGUCCAUCUACCAACAAGUGCUGGCAGACCUCGAAGACCCCGUGUACCCCGGGCUCGUCCUCGACAAGGAGACGCACAUGAACACCCAGCCCGAGUUCCACCUGAACUUCUGGGACAGCACCGCGUUGCUCGUGAAGCGACAGAUGAGGGUGACAAUGCGCGACUCGGCAGCGCUCAUGGGGCGCUUGUUCAUGAACACCAUCAUGGGCCUGCUGUACGCGAGCGUCUUCUACCAGUUCAACCCGACGAACUCGCAGCUGGUCAUGGGCGUCAUUUUCGCGUCGGUUCUGUGCUUGUCGCUGGGCCACUCCGCGGAGAUCCCGACGAUCAUGGCUGCGCGCGAGGUGUUCUACAAGCAGCGCGGGGCCAACUUCUUUCGGACGUCGUCCUACGUGCUCUCGAACUCGGCCAGUCAGCUACCUCCGAUUAUCUUGGAGACCGUGGUGUUCGGCUCCGUGGUCUACUGGAUGUGCGGCUUCGUGGACACCAUCGGGGCGUUCCUGCUGUUCCUCGUCAUGCUGUGCGUCACGAACCUCGCGUUCACGGCGUUUUUCUUCUUCCUGGCGUCGGCGUCGCCGAAUUUCAACGUGGCCAACCCGAUCUCCAGCGUCUCGAUCCUCUUCUUCAUCUUGUUCGGGGGCUUCGUGAUCACCAAGGACCAGAUUCCGGACUACCUGAUUUGGUUGUACUGGCUGAACCCGGUCGCUUGGGGCGUGCGCGCUCUGGCUGUGAACCAGUACAGCGACUCGAGCUUCGACACGUGCGUCUACGGCGACGUCGACUUCUGCGAGAGCUUCAACCAGACGGUCGGAGACUAUUCGCUCACCAUGUUCGAGGUGCCGACCGAGAAGUUCUGGCUCUGGUACGGCAUCGUGUUCAUGGCUGCCGCGUACGUCUUCUUCAUGUUCCUCUCGUACAUCGCGCUGGAGUUCCACCGCUACGAGAGCCCCGAAAACGUGACGCUGGACUCGGAGAACAAGGGCGAUGCGUCCGAUAGCUACGGCUUGAUGGCCACCCCUCGUGGCUCGUCGACCGAGCCCGAGGCUGUACUGAACGUUGCCGCCGACAGCGAGAAGCACUUCAUCCCGGUCACCGUCGCCUUCAAGGACCUGUGGUACUCCGUGCCGGACCCGGCCAACCCCAAGGACACCAUCGACCUGCUCAAGGGCAUCAGCGGAUACGCGCUGCCCGGCACCAUCACGGCGCUCAUGGGGUCCUCGGGCGCAGGCAAGACCACGCUCAUGGACGUCAUCGCCGGCCGCAAGACGGGAGGCAAGAUCCGCGGCCAGAUCCUGCUCAACGGCCACCCGGCCACCGACCUGGCCAUCCGCCGGUCCACGGGCUACUGCGAGCAGAUGGACAUC